AUGUGGCAAAUCACUCGAUGGGUAAAUAUGCACAAUUGUCUUGGCUCCAUCAGUGGCAAUAAUAAUAGAAAUUUAACUUCAGCUAUCAUUGCGUCUCACAUUAUUCAUCAAAUUGAGGUGAACCCUGGAUAUCCUGUAAAAAAUGUCCAGGCUGAUAUUAAACAAUCAUUGCAUGUUGAUAUUUCAUACAAGAAGGCAUGGCAUGGGAGGAGAAAAGCCAUAGAGAUUGUUUAUGGAAAUUGGGAAAGUAAUUUUGCUGGGCUACCUUCGUAUAUUGCAGCCUUAGAGCAUUCUAAUCCCAAUACUAUUGUUAACUGGCAUCAUCACCCAAGUAGCAUUGAAAAUGUGAAAGUCUUCAAAUAUAUAUUUUGGGCAUUUGGACCAGCAAUUGAUGCAUUCCACAUGUGUAGGCCGGUUAUCAGUGUUGAUGGUACACAUUUGCGAUUGGCUUAUAAGGGAAAGAUGCUUAUAGCUGUUUCUAAGGAUGCAAACAAUCGCAUAUUACCUGUUGCUUAUGCUAUAGUAGAUGAGGAGACUAUAGCUAGUUGGUGUUGGUUUUUUGAACAAUUCAGGUAUUAUGUGGCACAAGAUAGACAAUUAUGUGUUAUUUCUGAUAGACACCAUGGAAUUAUUCAUGCUAUGUCAAAUUUAGAGGAAUGGAAGGAACCAAUUGCAUAUCAUAGAUUUUGCCUUCGACAUGUUCGAAGUAAUUUCAUGACAAAGUUUAAGAAUGUCACUUUGAAACAUUUUUGUUGGGCUAUUGGCAGUACUACUCAAAGACGGAAAUUCAACAGAUUUAGGAGACAGAUUAGGGCACUUGAUCCAACGGCAUGGCAGUAUUUGAGAGAUAUUGGCAUAAGGCGGUGGAGUCUUGCUUACGAUGAUAACCAUCGAUGGGGAUGUCUUACAACAAAUACUUCUGAGAGUUUGAACAAUGUUUUGCGAGGGGCUAGAUUGUUGCCAAUUAAGGCAUGUAUUGAUCUGUCAUUUCAUAGAACUGUUCAACUUUUUCAAAGGUAUAACCAGGUAGCCCAUCAUUGUAAUACAGCCCUCCCGCCACAUCAUUGGAGCAAAUUCAUGGAGGCUGAAAGACAUGCACAAGGACAUCACAUUGAUGAGUUUAACUAUACAGAUGGAGUGUACAAGAUUGUAACAAGAAGACAAUUCAAUGGUAAAGGUGGUCAUGUACACACGGUUCUUUACUAUGAAAAAGAUUGCACCUGUGGAAAGUGGCAAAUGCAUAGAUUUCCAUGUUCACAUGCAAUUGCUGUUUGCCGACAUAGAGGGGAUAAUGCUAUUGACCUUGUGGAUGAAGUUCACACCACAAAGACUUACAUGACACAAUAUUCUGGCAAGUUUUAUCCUAUUCAUCAUAAGGAUUAUUGGACAAAUCCAGGUUGGGAGAUUCAAGCAGAUUACUCAAGAUUGAUCAAUCAUGGGCGGGGUCGGAGACGUGAAAGUCGAAUACAAAACGAGAUGGAUCUGAGGCACCCUGAUGAACCCCGUAGAUGUGGAAGAUGCCACCAAACUGGCCACAACAGGAGAAAUUGUCAAAAUACACACCUCAGGGUUGAUAAUGAAGUCGAUAGUUGA